AUGGCAGACAUCAAGAAGGAAGGACGGGGCAUCCGCAUCGCAAUAGACCGCGGGGGCACCUUCACAGACUGCGUGGGCAACCCCGGGUCAGGCAAGAUGGAGGACGACGUCGUCAUCAAGCUGCUAUCGGUCGACCCAGCCAACUACGACGAUGCGCCGCUCGAAGGCAUCCGCCGCCUGCUUGAGCGCUUCACAGGCGCCGAGAUCCCGCGCGGGCAGCCCCUCGACACGACCAAGAUCGAGAGUAUCCGCAUGGGCACCACCGUGGCCACCAACGCCCUGCUGGAGCGCAAGGGCGAGGCCAUGGCCAUGGUGGUGACGAAAGGCUUCAAGGACUGCCUGGAAAUUGGCAACCAGAGUCGCCCUAACAUCUUUGCCCUCGACAUCCGGAAGCCCGAGGUGCUGUACAAACAAGUCGUGGAGAUCGACGAGCGCGUGACGCUGGAGGACUACGCUGAAGACCCCGAGCGCAACAACACAGACGCCAAGAGCAUCGAAGAGGCAGGCGCACACGCUGAGCUCGUCAAGGGUCUUUCAGGUGAGACGGUGCGCAUAUUGCAGCGGCCGCAGGAGGAUGCCAUCAGAAAGCAGUUGCAGGACGUCUAUGACAGCGGCAUCAAGAGCAUCGCCGUGUGCCUGAUGCAUGGCUACACCUAUCCUCACCAUGAGGCACUGGUCGGCAGGAUCGCCAAGGACAUUGGCUUUGAGCACGUCAGUCUGAGUCACGCCCUGAUGCCCAUGAUCAAGCUUGUGCCUAGAGCGACCUCAGCCUGCGCAGACGCCUACCUCACUCCUGCCAUCCGGAAAUACAUCGACGGCUUCUCCAAGGGCUUUGAGGGUGGUCUUGGCUCAGAAAGCGUCAAACGUGAAGAGGGCGCCAAGGGUGCACGCUGCGAAUUCAUGCAGUCGGAUGGCGGCCUCGUAGACGUUGACAUCUUUUCUGGUCUGAAGGCUAUUCUGUCUGGUCCUGCUGGCGGGGUCGUCGGCUAUGCGCUGACCUCGUACGAUCCAGAAACCAAAACACCCGUUAUCGGCUUCGACAUGGGUGGCACGAGUACCGACGUGAGCAGAUACGGCGCGGGACGCUACGAUCAUGUCUUCGAGACCACGACCGCCGGUGUCACCAUCCAAUCACCCCAACUUGACAUCAAUACCGUCGCAGCUGGCGGCGGCUCACGAUUGUUCUGGAAGAAUGGCUUGUUCGUCGUUGGCCCUGAGUCUGCCAGUGCUCACCCAGGUCCUGCAUGCUACCGCAAGGGCGGACCGCUGACCAUCACUGACGCAAACUUGUUUCUGGGCCGCUUGCUGCCAGACUUCUUUCCCAAGAUAUUUGGCAAGAACGAGGACGAGGGCCUCGAUGCACAGGCAAGUGAGAAGCUGUUCCAGGAGCUGGCUGCGCAGAUCAACAAGGAGGUAGCCGGAGACAACAAGGACAAGGAGAUGUCGCUCGACGACAUCGCGAAUGGGUUCAUCAAGAUCGCCAACGAGACCAUGACGCGACCGAUCCGCAGUCUUACCGAAGCACGGGGCCACGACACCUCGAAACACAGACUAGCGACUUUUGGUGGAGCUGGUGGACAGCAUGCUGUUGCUAUCGCUGAAGCGCUCGGCGUAUCACAGAUUCUCGUCCACAGAUACUCCUCGGUAUUAUCAGCGUAUGGCAUGGCCCUCGCAGACGUAGUAGACGAGAGACAGGAACCAGAGUCAAAGGUAUGGUCGGACGGAAAUGACGUGCGACAAUACUUACAGAAGAAAAUGGAUGACUUGAAAUCGAAAUCCAGGACAGUUCUAGAAGCUCAGGGUUUUGACGAACAGAGUAUCCACUUCGAAGAAUAUCUCAACCUACGUUACCGUGGUACCGAAUCUGCUCUCAUGAUCAUCAAGCCCACUGGAGAGGAAGCACAGAAGGAGUACAACGGGGACGACUGGGCGUUUGGUCAAGCCUUCAUCAAGCAGCAUGAACAAGAGUUUGGCUUUACUCUACCGGACCGUGACAUCAUCGUCGACGAUGUACGCGCCCGAGGAAUUGGAAAAACUUUUGAAGGUCUCGAGAAAACUGUCGAUCAGCAACUCAAGGAGAUCAAGCCUAAGGACUUAUCCAACGAUGAGAAGAGGUACGACACGCGCAACGUCUUCUUCGAGGGCGGGCGACGAGAAACUUCUGUCUACAAGCUCGAAGACCUCGAAGUCGGUGACCGUAUUAGAGGUCCGGCAAUCAUUGCAGAUGGAACUCAGACCAUUGUUGUAACUCCUGGCGCGUCAGCGUUAGUCAUCCACACACAUGUCGUGAUCAACAUCGGCGAGAGUGACGGUAGUGAGAAGGAAAUCAGCACGAAAGAAGUCGACCCAAUCCUGCUGAGUAUCUUCGCCCACAGGUUCAUGGCUAUUGCAGAACAGAUGGGUCGCGCUUUACAGAAAACAAGUGUGUCGACAAACGUCAAAGAGCGCCUCGAUUACUCUUGCGCACUGUUCGACGCUGAGGGCGGACUUGUGGCUAACGCACCCCACCUGCCCGUACAUCUCGGCAGCAUGUCCACUUGCGUUCGAAAACAAGCCGCCAUUUGGAAGGGUAAGUUGAAGAAGGGCGAUGUCCUUGUCUCAAACCACCCAAUGUUUGGCGGUACGCAUUUGCCAGACAUCACCGUCAUCACUCCAGCAUUCAGCGGCGACAACAUCAUAUUCUACGUCGCCUCUCGAGCCCAUCACGCCGAUAUUGGUGGUAUCUUACCCGGCUCGAUGCCUCCCUCGUCGAAAGAGCUGUACCAGGAAGGCGCCGCGAUCAAGAGCGAAAAGCUCGUCUCGGAAGGACACUUCAACGAGAAGCGAAUCAUCGAGCUGCUCUCAGAAGAGCCCGCCCAGUACCCUGGCUGCUCUGGCACCCGUUGUCUUAGCGACAACCUCAAUGAUUUGAAAGCUCAGAUCGCUGCCAAUCAAAAGGGCAUCAACCUGAUCAACACUUUGAUGUCCGACUAUGGCGAGCAGGUUGUCAAGUUCUACAUGAUGAACAUCCAGGCUAAUGCUGAGUCAUCCGUGCGACAGCUUCUGAAAGAGGUGUACAAGCGGUUCGAAGGCCAGGACCUCUCCGCGGAAGAGUUCAUGGACGACGGCUCCCCCAUCAGACUGAAAGUGACCAUCGAUCCUGACAAGGGCGAAGCUGUCUUCGAUUUUAGCGGUACAGGUCCCGAAGUCUAUGGCAACAUCAACGCCCCCGAGGCUGUCACUUACAGUGCAAUCAUCUAUUGUCUGCGCUGCUUGAUCAGCGAGGACAUUCCCUUAAACCAAGGCUGCUUGAAACCAAUCCACGUCCUCAUCCCCAAGAAGUCUUUCUUGUCGCCGUCUGAUAACGCAGCAGUCGUAGGAGGCAACGUUUUGACCUCUCAGCGUGUCACAGACGUAGUUCUCAAAGCUUUCAAAGCCUGUGCGGCCUCUCAAGGAGAUACGAACAACUUGACGUUCGGCUUCGGCGGUCUUUCAGAAGGUGAAGACGGAGGGCCGCGCAAAGAAACCAAGGGGUUCGGCUACUACGAGACCAUUGCUGGAGGCUCUGGUGCAGGACCGACUUGGAAUGGUACCAACGGCGUUCACACGCACAUGACCAACACACGUAUUACAGAUUCCGAAGUUUUCGAACGACGUUACCCUGUCUUGUUGCGCGAAUUCUCGCUGCGGCAAGGUAGUGCAGGGAAGGGCAUGCACAUUGGUGGCGAAGGAGUCAUUAGGGAUAUCGAAUUCCGCAUUCCGGUGCAGGUUUCGAUUCUCAGCGAACGAAGAGUGUACCAUCCCUAUGGCAUGGAAGGAGGUGGCGAAGCCGCUUGUGGACUGAACAUCUGGGCGCGUAAAGUCAACAGGAAGAACGUCGACAAGAACAGCGACUCUAAGAAACAGACAGAAGACAGCGAUGCGAGGACCGCUGGCCUUGGUGAGGUCAAUGGCAAGGACGCCGAUACAGAAGACGUCGAGUAUAGGUUCAUCAAUCUUGGCGCAAAAAACACGGCAAGCAUGCAGCCUGGGGAGCGGAUCAUCAUCCAUACGCCGGGUGGUGGUGGGUGGGGAGCGGAAGGGGAGACGAGCCGGGUUGAGGACAAGAAGGAUCCAAAGGCGGGCUGGCGGGGAGGUAGCGUAGCCGAGAGACAGGCUGCAGGGGAAGCAUCUGCAUAG